AUAGAUGGUGCUGGUGGUUGUCAACACAGAAGAAAAAACACGUUCGUACUUGCAACGUUUGCAUAAUUUCUUAAGGAAGUUAACUGCAUUAAAUUAACAGGAAAAUGUUUAAAGUUUCUCGCUGCCUACCUUUAGUUCAGUUAACGUCGAAGUUAUCAAAAAAUGCCCAGGGUCUUUUACCUACAAGUCAACUUGCUUCUCGUCAAAUUGCCACUAAAGUACAGCCCCUCACACAGUUAAAUGAAGAUGAACUGAUGAUGAAAGAGAGUGUGGCCAAAUUGGCUAGUCAAAUCAUUGCCCCUUUUGUUAAGAAAAUGGAUAUCCAGCAAUCGUUUGAGCCAGAUGUUGUCAAUGCCUUGUUUGCCAAUGGGCUAAUGGGUCUGGAGAUUGAUGCAGAGUAUGGAGGUGCAGGAGCUUCAUUCAUGUCAGCUAUUGUUACAAUUGAAGAGCUGGCAAAAAUAGAUCCUGCUGUUAGCGUAUUCUGUGACAUUCAAAACACAUUGAUCAACACACUCUUCAGAAAGUUGGGCACUCAAGAACAGAAAGACAAGUAUCUACCAAAACUUGCCCAAGACACAGUUGGUAGUUUUUGCCUAUCAGAAGCAGAAUCAGGUUCGGAUGCUUUUUCGUUAAAAACCCUUGCCAUCAAAAGUGACGAUCACUACAUCAUCAAUGGUUCUAAAAUGUGGAUAUCUAGUUCAGAGAUUGCAGGAGUUUAUCUGGUCAUGGCCAACGUUAAUCCAAAAGACGGUUACAAAGGAAUCACAUGCUUUAUCGUCGAUCAAAUUACACCCGGUGUGUCAAUCGGAAAAAAAGAAGACAAACUGGGUAUCCGUGCUUCUUCAACCUGUGCUGUCCACUUCGAUAACGUUCAAGUUCCGGCGAGCAACAUUCUUGGCGAACUCGGUCAGGGCUACAAGUACGCGAUUGGCAUGCUAAACGAAGGCCGUAUUGGUAUCGGUGCUCAAAUGGUUGGACUGGCCCAGGGUUGCUUUGAUGCCACUGUUCCGUACACCCUUCAAAGGACUCAAUUCGGCAAAAGAAUAUUUGAUUUCCAGGCCAUGCAGCAUCAGAUCGCGCAGGUUGCAACUCAAAUAGAAAGCGCUCGCCUUCUGGUCUAUAACGCCGCUCGCUUGAAGGAAGCCGGUUUGCCUUUUGUUAAAGAAGCUGCUAUGGCUAAAUAUUACGCAGCUGAAGUCGCAACUUUGACAACAUCCAAAUGUAUUGAAUGGAUGGGAGGAGUAGGCUUUACUAAAGAUUAUCCCGUUGAAAAGUUUUACCGUGACUGUAAAAUUGGUACCAUUUAUGAAGGAACGAGCAACAUUCAAUUGAACACAAUUGCCAAGUACAUUGAACAAGAAUACCGAUCAUGAAUCUCAAAUCGCCUAAUAAUUUAAGUAAUUCUGUAUCAAGCUAAUGAUGGUCUUUUGCUAUUCGGAUGGUCGAUUUUACGAUAUAGUCAAUUUUAAUGCUGUAAGCCUGUAAAAAGAUCGUCGUAUUUUGUUUCAUUACUAUAUGAUGAACUGCUAAAUCAGAAUUGAAUCGCCAUAUGUUGUGAUUUGAAACAUUAUACACGAAAAUGAUAAUAAAUAUCGAGUUCCUAUACA